AACUUACACUAAAAGAAAACUUUGGAUAGAACGGAGCAGGAGGGAGAUUCUCAGUGUCAGAUAUAAAUUGUCAGAUAAUGACAUGUUGUUGUCAAGUGCUCUAUAAAUCAUUUUACAUGUGUCAUAACAUAAAAUAAAAACAAUUGACCAAAUAUUUAAGCAAUAAUUAAAUAAGAAUAUACGUAACAAAGCUAUGACACUUUAACUUUAACUUCGAUAUUGUUUAGUCAAGAUAAUAAGGUUGACAUUACUCAGGAUCAAAUAUAGUCAAAAAACAUGGGAGCAAGUAAAAGUCAAUUUUCUGAAGAAGAAUUACAAGAUUAUCAGGAUCUGACAUAUUUUACGAAAAAGGAAGUUUUAUAUGCUCAUCAAAAAUUCAAAGCUCUUGCACCGGAAAAAGUUGGUCACAAUAGAAACGCGAAGUUACCUAUGUCAAAAAUUCUCAGAUAUUCUGAAUUACGUGUAAAUCCAUUUGGAGACCGAAUUUGUAAAGUUUUCAGCUCAAGCCAAGAUGGCGAUUGCACUUUUGAAGAUUUUUUAGAUAUGAUGUCAGUAUUUAGCGAUGCUGCUCCAAAAGCAGUCAAAGCAGAGCAUGCCUUUCGUAUUUUUGACUUUGAUGGAGAUGAUAUGCUAGGAAUGGGUGAUUUACGACAAGUAAUUGAUAGAUUAACAGCUCCACAAAGAUUGAGUGAAAAUGACAUGCAGCGUCUGCUUCAAUACCUAUUAGAUGAAGCUGAUCUUGACGAUGAUGGUGCUUUAAGCUUUGCUGAAUUUGAACACAUCAUUGAAAAAAGCAGUGAUUUUUCGAAAACCUUUAGGAUUAAUCUUUGAGACAAAAAUUUUUAAACAUACUUCGAGGAUGACAGAAAAUGUAUAUAGAAUGAUAAAUAUUAUAAUUUAUCAUAAUCCGCAGUUAAUUUUAGCUUUCUCAAUGAACAUAUUCGAUAAUUCUAGAAUAUACUCGAAUAAGACUGAUCGAUUAUUUUUAUUUAUUUUUUUCAACUUUAUUCAUUUUCUCUUAAAAUGGUUUAUUUAAAUAUGCUUGUGUUUUCUUUUUUUUCGUCAAAAAAAAAAAUUACACUAUAUUUUGGUACAGUUCAGGUACAAAGCAUUCUGUGUACACUCAGUCUAAUUUAAUACAGAGCACCGUCUCUAAAAAAAUCCUAGUUUUGUCUCGGAUUUUCUAGGUCACUCACAAAACCAAGAAAAAACAACCUGCGACAUCACAAAGAGGGUACACCAAUAAUUUGCUAAGUUAUAGCUAUACUUCAUCUAUUUACAAUUCAUAUAACACACAUAUUUCGUAAAAAAGUGAGUUUGUUCAUAAAAAUGAUAAACUAUUAAUAAUAAAUUACUCAUUAAAUAAAAUCUUAAAUAUUUCAUAGCAUAACCUACUGUAAUGAGAUGUAGGUUUGGAGACACGAAUCUUGGAAAUUUUAUUUCUUGUAAGCAUACGUUGAAUAUUUUUUAAAUUUAUUUAUAUCAAUAAAAAUGAUUUUUCAUUGUUAAUUUAAUAAAAUUGAAUUUUAAAAAAUAUCCUCAAUCUAUUUUAAUUUCAUAAAAAACUAAAGAAAAAAAGAACGUUCGAGGUAAUUGUCUAAAGGAUGGAAAGACGGGUUAAUACAUUCCUAUGAAAAUACGAAUUUAUUUUGUACAAUUUUUUCGCAAUCGUCUUUGCAUUAGAUAUAUAUUUUUGCAAAGUGUUAGUUCCCUUACUUAUGUAUAUGUAUUGACGUCCCCUCCUAUUCCGACCUUACCUGUUGUUCUUCUUUAAACUGAAUUUUCAUAACAACAAAGGCUACGAAGACUGGCAUUGUAGAUUGUCUGUUUAUUUAUUAAUUUAUUGAUAAUAGAUGCCAAGGCACAGGCCGAAUAGCAAGGUAUUUUAAAUUA